AUGUCCCCCAUGAAUUAUCUCAGUCUGCUCCUAGUCGUCGCGACAUUCAUCUCUUACAUCCCUCAAUAUCAGCGUAUGCUCACUUUGAGCUCAUCAGCUGGUCUUUCCAUCGCAAGCGUUCUUAUUAUCACAUUGAUGAAUCAAGUACAAACUGUUACUAUGUACUAUCUUUUUAAGACGGCACCAGACAUGAGAUACGGCAUUCCGAUCGCUACACCACCUUCCAUUCGUGACUGGCUUAACCUCUCUCAGAUUCUUGUUCAGUGGAGUUGCUCGUUGUUCUUAUUUGCGCUCGUCAUUUAUCUACCCUCUCCAACGAUCAGCCCUACUGCUAAAAGAGUUGCAGUGGGGCUUUGGAUCUUCCAUGGGCUCUUUUCUAUCUUCUAUAUUGUUGUAGGAGGUCGACCCGAAGACAUAGUAUUUAAUAUCAACCGCAAUCUUCACGUCAGCAUCGUCAAUCCUCUCUUCAUCUUCCUGGCUGUCGUUGCUUUUUAUCUUCAGGCUCGUAUAAUACCACCUGUCAAUAAACCGGGUGCAUAUAGCGAAUGGACACUUGGCACCCAGUUAUUCAUAUUCAUGCUUCUUGCCGUUUCGUGGCCUUUCAGGCUGAUACUUCCUCUUAAUAUGUGGGAGUUGGGACCGCAGGCAGCCAUAUUUCUUGGAUGGUACCCUUGGGUUGGAUGGGCUUGUAUCAAUACCACUAUCUUGACCUUUGAUCGAGGCAUUCUGCUACUUUUAUGUAUUAGAACAGCGAGAUUCAAUGGCGAGUUUGGAUCUCAUGAUGAACACGAGGGUUUGAUUCGCCCUAGAGAGCUUUAG